AUGUUUCGCUGCGUUGGAAAGAUUGUUCUGCGAAGUUCGAAAGAUAAAAUGAUGAAGAAAAGUAGAAGAGAAGAUGCUGAACAGAAUGUUCAGGAAAAUAAUGGUUACUCAUUUCAGAAUGAGAAACAUUUGCCUGCAAUGAAAUGUGACUCGUUGAACAAAGGCGAGUCGCAGUUGCAAGCAAAUAACCGGAAGAAGGACGGAAAAUUUAUGGGAUAUUUAAGAAAUAUAUUCCAUAAAUUCUUGUUAUGUUGUUGCGUUUCAGGCGAGAUUUCUGAUUCGGAGACUUACGAACCGAAAAAGAAUCUCGCAGAUUUGAACCUCGAAUUCGACUUUGUUAAUGAACCCAAAAAGUUUAUUGACAAAUACAAAAUUACUAAAGAAAUUGCACGAGGAAGAUUUGGGACUGUUUAUUUGGCUAGGACGAAAUUUUCCGAAAAGGAAAAGGCUGUAAAAAUUGUAAAGAAAAAAUUUUCUAAUUCUGAUCAGUUUGAAGAAAUCCAGACGGAAUUAAACGUUUGGAAUUCUGUGUCCGCCCAUCCAAAUAUUGUCAGGUUGAUUCGAUUCUUCCAAACUGACACAAGCUUUUGCUUUGUAUCGGAUUAUGUCGAGGGAGAAUCUUUGAGAAUUUUUUUACAAAAGUAUGGUCCUAUAGCGGAGAGUAAAGCGAAAGUGUUUGCCGCUCAAGUGGCCUCUGCUAUUAUGUAUAUUCAUAAGAAUGGUAAUUAUUUGCUGAAUUAUACACAGAGACAUCAGUGCUAA